AUGGAGUCCCCGACCGGCACCGAGAGCGCCCGCCUGGUCAGCCCGCGGGGCGGCCGCGCCGACGGCAGCCUGCGCCUCAAGAGUCUCUUCACAGGCUCUGGAGACUCCUCAGCACCGGCGGCCCCCCCGGCUCCAGAUCCGCGCUGCCGCUGCAGCCCCCCGACCCCCAGCCCCGGGCAGGGCGGGCUCCAGGCCCGCCGGCAGCUGAGCGUCGCCUGCGCCGUCUGCUGCCUCUUCAUGGUCGGGGAGGUGAUAGGCGGCUACCUGGCACACAGCCUGGCCAUCAUGACGGAUGCAGCCCACCUGCUGACGGACGUGGGCAGCAUGUCCGUCAGCCUCUUCUCCCUCUGGGUCUCCAGCCGCCCGCCCACCAAGACCAUGACCUUCGGCUGGCACCGCUCAGAGACGCUGGGUGCGCUGGCCUCUGUCCUCUCUAUCUGGGUUGUGACCGCGGCCCUGGUCUACCUGGCGGCCGCCCGCAUCAUCAGCAACGACUACGAGAUCGAGGCGCGAGCCAUGCUGGCCACAUCCGCCUGUGCCGUUGGUGUCAAUCUGGUCAUGGCCUACAUCCUGCACCAGUCCCCUGCUGGCCACGGCCAUGGCCCAGGGGCCUACGAGCAGCUGGAGAGCUCUGUGUCCUGCCAGCCCAGCCCCCUGCCCGGCAGCACCAGCGUGCGGGCAGCCUUCGUCCACGUGGUGGGUGACCUGCUGCAGAGCGUCAGCGUCCUCGUGGCUGCCACCAUCAUCUACUUCAAGCCCCAGUGCAAGAUUGCGGACCCCAUCAGUACCCUCUUCUUCUCUGUCUUCGUCCUUGGCUCCACCAUCACCAUCCUCAGAGACGUCUUCAUGGUCCUCAUGGAAGGUGGAGCAGCACCAGGAGGAGUCAGCAGGCUGUCCCCACUGCCAGGACCCCCAAACCUGAGACCCCCCUGCUGCUAUGUUGGGCCCGAUGUGGCCCUGGCCCCAGCUCCUUGUGCUAGAGCAGGGCAGUGCUUGAGAUCCCCUCCCCUCUACCCACCCCACUGCUGCGGAGCCCUGGGGUGGGACAGUGACUCCAGUGUGGUGUUGGGGGGACAGACACAUGGCCUGGCCUGUGGAGCACAGGGGCUCCCUGGAAUCUUCCACUCCCUGCUGUGCCACAGCUCCUGAGGAGAUGGAAUCCUGCCCCACCACCUGGUCCCCAGGGAGCCUGUCUGUCCUGGCAGGAAGGGACAUCCCCCAUGGGGGACCUCAGACCCCCAUGCUGCUGCCUGGGCUCCAUCUGAACCCUCCUGUGCCUGGCCCUGACCCAUUCCCUCUGCUGAGUCGUGCCUGUGCCCCUGGUGUCCAUCUGUCCAUCUGUGCCAGCAGCGGUGCCAGCGCUGCCAAUAAAUGUG